GGGCAGAGCGGCCUGCGGUCAGUGUUGGAGUGGCGAUGGAGGGCGGCACAGUGAGGACGUGGUGUCUGGCGGUGCUGCUGCUGCUGCCGCUGCUGCUGGGGGCCCUAGCGGACCGCGCGAGCGAUGACGAGGACGGAGCUGAUGAUGCGGAAGACGAGUCGUCGACGCCGUCGUCGCUGGUGCAGAAGCAGGGCGAGCGGGUGAUGAGCGAGCAGGUGCUGGCGCUGCUGGACCACUUCCGGCAGGAGGACCCCAAGGGGCUGCCGGGCGCCCCCGUGCCCGAUCCCAUGGACAUCCCGGACAACACCAAGUCCUUCACCGGCGCCCGCAUCACGCUCAAGGAGUCCAAGGUCUACGGCCUGUCGCAGUUCCGCAUCGAGCAUGUCCGCACCAACCUCAAGGACACGCAGAUGUCGGUGGGUGUGAGCAUCGAGAAGCUGGAGGUGGUGGGCAGAUACACACUGCGCGCCUGGCUGUCGGGCUCGCACGGCCCCUACACAGUCACCAUGACUGGAGUCCAGGUGGAGGGCCUCGCCAUGCUAGAGGUGCAGCGUGACGGCAGCCUGGCUGCCGAGGAGAUACAGAUGGACAUCUCCUUCAGUGACAUCGACAUGAACUUCGAGAACCUCGGCUUCAUGGGCACUGUCUUCCAGGGAAUCCUGAACUCAGUGGGUACGUUCAUCUUCGACAGCAUCAAGCCCUUCAUCUUGAAAGAGGUCAACAAGAACGUGCGUGGCGACAUCAACAAGAACGUCGCCAAAAUUCCGCAGCGCUUCCCCAACUCCAUCUCUCCAUUUGACACGGCCAUGUUCGAUGUCCGAAAGAAGAUUCGGGAGAUGGGCUACGAUCCCAUGGGAGUGCCCAACUUCACCUGGGAGGGCGGACACGGAACUCUUGUGGUGGAUCUCUCCGGGAUGAUGAUGACCGGUCUGGCCACGUUCCACCGAGUGGGUGAGGUGACCAUCGACAUGGAGCGCAAGGUGGUGAGCGCGCAGAAGCUGAUGAAGGUGCGCCGGCGCGUGGUGGCCGCCUCCAACGGCACGUCGGGCGACACGGCCGUCUACGACGCGGCCGACAACAGCACGGCGAACGCGGCGCAGUUCGAGGAGGAGGUGGAGGAGCUGGUGGUGUUCGAGCGCCGCGUCGACCCCGAGGACGAGAAGUGGGCGCGCGAACCGGGCGUCUCCUUCAUCGAGGAGAGCAACGUGCUGACCGCGCACGCGCAGGUCGGCACCAAGCGGCUGCGCGGCUCCUGCCACUGGGACGCCAGCCUGGCCGGGCUCGUCACCAGCUCGGGACUCGCCAGCUUCACCGUCGACUACAUACAGGUGACGGUGAGCGUCAGCCAGCCGCUGGACACCCGCAAGCGGCCCACGCUGGACAGCCUGCUGGUCCGCAUCGGCAACAUCCAGGCGCGCAUCGACGGGCUAGGCACGGCCGACUACGUGGCCGAGCUGAUCGUGAACGUGCUGCCCAACCUGCUGCGCCAGCAGAUCAUGUCCGCGUUCGCCGAGCCGCUGCGCCUGCGCGUCCAGAAGGAGCUGCUCUCGAUGGACGUGGACCGCGAGCUGCGCCGCCGACUGCCCGAGAUGGACCAGGUGUUCGCCCAGCUGCAGCAGGAGCGAAACCAGUAGCCGGCCGUCUGUGGCCUCCCGCAGCAGUGACACUGAGAGCGAGGCUGUCCGACAGUGAGCUCACGCAUUACCCGACGAGGCCAACUGGGGUCCCAGCCAGAGGGUGUCCGUGACCGAGGAGCGCAUUGUCCGAUAUUUUGAGAACAUCAUAGUGUGCUAAAGGUCUAGCAACCUUUAAAUCAUUGGCUGUACCCACGCCAUCGACAAUACUUUUUGCGUCCUGUGUCUUGAUCUUCAUGUAUUCUCUGGUAAUAAGUGUGAAUCUACGUUUGGUCUAAACAAACCACUUAAGGGGGGUGGGACGUCAAACGGGCCGACUUGGAGCAGGAUAGGCAUCACAGGACAUUUUAAUUUCCAGUGUCUAUACUUUUACAAAUAAAUUCAUUAAACUUUGUCAACAUCACCAGGAAGGAUUCAGGAUUCACACUCAUUGCAGUGGAAGUUCGAAAACAUAACAAAAUAAAUUUUUUUUUGCGUGUGAAAAUUCAUCAUUUUUUCACUUACUAAUGGCUGCAUUUGUUGCUAUAGGUACAGUUUUCUUCAUAAGUUAGAGAGAUUCUUCGAUGAAUUUUGCACAGCAUACAUACCACACUUAGAGGUGCAUGAAACUCUAGAAUUUAUUUAAUUUAUGAAAAAACGAUUGAGCUGCUGUAUUUUAAACUUCAUGUUUAAAAAAACACAAAUUUUGUAGUUUAUUACCUCAAUUUUUACCACAGUUUUUAAUAGAUUUGGAAAAUUCUAGAGUUUCGUACACCUUUAAGUAUGGGUUGUAUGCUGUGCAAAAUUCAUUGAAGAAUCUGUCUAACUUAUGAAGAAAAGUGUACCUAUAGCAACAAAUGCAGCCAUUAGUAAGUGAAAAAAUGAUGAAAUUUCAUAUGUAAAAAAAAUUAUUUCGUUAUGUUUUACAACUUCCACUGCUAAGAGUGUGAAUUCUGAAUCCUUCCUGGUCAUGCUGACAAAGUUUUGUAAAUUUAUUUGUAAAAGUAUAAUCAGUGGAAAUUGAAAUGUCCUGCUCCAAGUCGGCCCGUUUGACGUCCUACCCCCCUUAAAGUAGUGGGCACCUCGCCUGUUCCAAUCUAAGGCCAGCCAUCUCUUCUACAGUCUUCUGGUAUCUCGUUUCCUUGUGGUUUGUCGUUUAAUACUUGUUUUGUUAGUCUGCCUCCUGUCAUCCAGUCAAUAUACCCUAGUCAUUCUCAGCCCCCUUCUUUUUAUGCCUUUGUCAACGAAAUAAAUUCCCCCCCUCCCCCCAGCUCUGAUGUCUCCAUUUUUCAUCUAAUAUCUCACACUGGGACCCUUUUGGGUGCCUCAUAAAUUUCAUUUCAGUGGUCAGCAUACGCGUUUCGUCAUGCUUUCGUGUUGCCGAGAAAGCUGUAGCCGUUGCUUGAUCAAAUUUAAUUUUUGUUUCGUCGGUUUCUUGGCUAGUGGUGUGUGUGUUGUGCCACGCACUACCUGAUAUGUAUUGCAUUUAUUCCAUAUGUAGAAUGCCUUUUCCGUAAAAGGCAACAAUAUUAAAUGUGCCCUCCACGCAUAUGUGGUUCAGAAAAUACAGUUUCAUUUGGAGAUCUUGCCCACUGUCUUACAAAAUUAUUUGGUCUCCAUCAAAUGCCGUUGUGUCUAUCCAGUUAUCUGUUCCUGUGAUAAUGUCCCAGUUAAUCUUCAUUCUCUGUUAUCAAGAAUGUCUUCAAUAAAAAAAACACCAAAAAGUGUGGGCGAUAAGCUAACCCAUGUCUCUUAACUCUGUUAAGUGGUAUGGUUCCAGUCUUCACUUUACUCAUGUUUAUUAUAAUUCUUGUUUCUCGAAUUAGGCUUGGGGUACUCUCGUCAAUUUAAAAUACUCCAUAAAAUAAAAUACUGUUACUUCAUUUUUUUCCUGAACACAUAACAGACACGUACUGUGAAUCAGUGAUUGCUGCCUACGAAAGUAUGUCGAUUAAUAUUGCAUGUCUUUUGCUAUUCACACCGACACACACUCAGGUAUGGCCAUACCACUGGUUCGUCUAUACAUCUGCGUUCCAUCGCGGUCGACAGGGAGACUGUAGCGUCUCUGCUUCUAAGUAUCCAUAAGUGGCCAACGGCUUCUCGAAUGGAGUACUAGAGAGCUGAGCACGGAAUGUGCAACUGUGCAAGUGACUAUAAGGUGAAUUCAUCCACAUAUGUGAUGCAGGUGUGCACUGCUCUGGGGGGAAAAAGGUCGCUCUUACCAAAUCUUCAGUAUCACACUUGCCGCAAGAAAAAUGUUGAUCAUACUUCUUUGCUGGUCGUGGUGAAAUCUCCUCUCCCCCCACCCUCCCGCCAUCCCCCCCCCCCCCAGCGCCCGCCACCCCCAUGUUCUCCACUCACCUCUAUCUAAUGUCGAAUCUCUAUAUUACUGUUAUUUAUUCAACUCAAACGCUUUUGCAAUACGUUCCAUUGCCUUCUCCUGCAGUGGUAACAACUGAACUGGUGUGUGACUAUUGGUAGCCAAGUACCAAGUUGACUCCUGCUAGUGUGGGACCACAGUUGGCUUUAUCGAGUAAUAGAUCACCAAAAAGUAAAAUUUAUUUUGCGGAAUCACUGCACUCGAGUAACAAAUAUAAGCUACAAUGAGUUAGUGUAUUAGGGAAAUCGUGUUGCAGUCUGUUGUGAAUGAACUUUAAUAACAUCAGCAGCAGCAACAUGACAUUAUUCAGCCAAAGAUGAAAGUACACUUUCAGACAAGAAAAAGGAGUGCUAUGAGAUACUGAUAGUUUAAUGGACCAUUUAACUGUAUAUUAUGGCGUGAAAUGUUUUAUUCUGUGUAUGUUAUUUAAAAGAUCUGUACCAACUUGAAAGAAGUAUUUUAGAGCAACGAAUGACGAAUUUCCUGUGCUGUAUAUCAUGCAUUUCUCCUCCUGUCUGUCGCAACAGGAAACUUAUAUUUUCCGGCGUCUUGAGGACAGGGGGACGGGGAACUAGUAUGAUGAGGUUCAGCAAGUAUAUCGUUGCUACUUAUGAGACAUGGAGGGGAAGGCAGAGAUUUUAACGGACGAAUUACCUACUGCGCAGCAGCAGCUGAACGUCUAACUGUUUUCUCCUUAGCAAUUUACAUUCCACCUGCUUGUCGUUUGUUUUGUUUUUUCACAAAUUGAACUUCCUGCAGUCCUCCCUUCAGACAAGACACAGUGAACAUGGAAAAUGUUCAUGAACUGAAAAUGAACAUGCAUUGAAAAUAAAAAUCCAAACAUAGUACUGAUGCUUCCUGUUCCAAAGUCGUGUACGUCACAUUCCAAAUACUAACAGACCACUGGCAAAAGACACUGACAAGUAGCAAUUGGUGCAGUCUGGAGAGACUCCACCAACCAUCUGCCCCUUCGCUGCUGUCUGUGGAAUGGUAGCUGUGCCACUCUGCCUUCUCGAUUCUUUGACGAGAAGAUGUAGUCUUCUAAUAAUGCUCCACACCUCAACAUAUAUGUUCCAAUGUCUUAUAAUUCUUAGUUUUUAGUACAUGUUCCUCAGUAACAGGUUAUUUUUCAUCCCAGGUGAGUAUUUCCAUCACAAAGUUUCUUUUUGUCAUGUUUUAUUGGGCCACUUUUUUGCCUGUCCGUCUGGUCGAUACAACUUUUGCAGGCGAUUUGAAAAUAACUUCCUGAUAAGCUAGAGAGUUGAAGUAAUAAACAUAGCUCAGAAGUGGAUAAAAAUGCAAUAUUAAGUCGCUUUCUUGUCGGUCUAUUCGGUAGGGGUGGGCUCCGGGGUGGAUAAAAUUCGUAAUGCCUGACAGCUAGGCUGCCCUGUAUGACCAGCAUGUUGUGCAGAUGGUGUCAGAAUGCUCUCCCAGUGGUAAGCGAGCAGACGAGCAUGACUCAGGACAGGGGGGGGGGGGGGGGCGGGGGAGAGGAGAUGAAUAUCCCAAAUUUUGCAAUUGAUUUGAACCUAUUUCUCAAUGACCUAGAGACUUGAAAUUUUAAACAUAGGACAAAAUGGAUGAGAGUGCAAUAUUAAAUCACUUUUUGUGUGGUGUGUUCUCCCAUUUUCCUGUUCCAGUCAGGAAUGGUUCAAAGGAAGAACGAUUGAUGGAAAGCCUCUCCGUGAGAUGGAAUAUCUCUCAUUUUUACCUUCUCCUCUGUAUGUAGGAAGCAAUAUAGCGAUUGAGUCAGGUGCAGAGAAACUAAAAUAAACAUGAAAUUUAUCACAUGGCUGUGUUGUAAUCUCAUAAAAUGUAUGAAAUAGCUUGAAAAAUUUCACACACAAAGACUAAAAAGUAAAAAUAAUUAUUUCAGUAAAAUUCAAUUUUUAAUACACCAACUUCUUAA